AGACGCACACUACAGAACUCCCUCGUAAGAACACUACAGGAAGUCCUACAGGGGCCGCUCGAAGGACUCCCAGUAACUCUUAUCCUGCAGGAAGACCUUAAUGAAUCCUACGAUGCCAAUGUCCUACUGAGAAGGAUAAGGAAGGAUGUCACUGUGGUUAUGUCCUUGGGGGGUUCAGAGGACACGCAAGAUCAGGAGCAGGAUGUGGAGGAGAGAAGGGUAGGAGGUUCCACAGGCGCAGUCGUGGCCGUGGUGGAGGGCUUGGUGCCGUGGCCCCUGCACCGCCCCCCGCCCCUCUGGUCCCCCUCCGCCCUGCUACUCAUGAAGGUGGGAGGCUGUGAGGCGAGAAGGCUACUGCAGACACCUUUAGCACAGCGCACACCUGCCCUGAAAAGCACGAAACUAAUAAACGAAGGAAGAACAAAAGAUGAAGAACUCAAAAAAGAACAAGAUCAAGAAGAGAAGGAGAAAGAGACGAGAGUUAUGACAUGGCUUCCCUACUUCCCCGGGGGGCCAAGACUCCUUUCCCUGGGGGCGUGGAGUGAGCAAGCCUUCCCUACCUUCCACUCACUCUUCCCCAGGCGGUUUGAAUCCCUCGGAGGCGCGGUGGUGGGCGUGGCAAGUGACAUGGAUGACGCCCCCUUGGUUUUUCGUGACGAGGAAGACAAGUUUGACGGGACCAGCAAAAGACUUCUCGACGUGAUAGCCAAACGGAUGAAUUUCACAUACACACUCACCGAUAGGGCGCCCGAUAACAAGUGGGGGGAGAUGGAGAACGGUACAUGGGUGGGAUUACUGGGGGAGGUGUACCGCGGCAACAAACACCUGGCCAUCAACUACUUCACCAUCACAGAGGAGAGGGCGCAGUACUUCGAUUACUCCGUGUCCUAUCUGACUGAAGGGUUCGGGUUCGCCCUUCCCAUACCCCCGGAGCUUCCCAAGUGGACCAAGCUGGUGUACCCUUUCGCUUGGGACAUGUGGGCGGCGGUGGGCGGGGCUACUCUGACCGCCACUGCCGCCUUUCUUCUCCUCUCCGCCCUGCAGCGCCACCCACACCCCACCCACCCCGCCCCAGCUGGUCCCGCCCCCUCCCUCGCCUUUAUCAUGAAGGGUCUAGUAAGCCAAGCCCAGGCGAGAGUACCCGGGGCCUGGUCAGUACGUGUGUUCCUCGGGGGCUGGUGGUUAACUGCCUUCGUGGUGGAUAUCGCUUACACUGGCUGCCUCAUUGCUGUGUUGACCGUGCCUUCCUAUCCAGCUCGCAUACACGCCCUCUCUCACCUAUCCCUUAGCCACAACAGACUGUGUAUGUUAGACUACGGGGAAUUCGUUCCUGACGCUCUCUUGGCCUCAGAAGACAGAGUAAUGAGGACUUUGGGUGAGAGAAUGGACCUUUCCCCCACCACAGACGUCGGCUUCUACGGGCAGGAGGCAUGCGCGGAACGGGUACUAGCUGGCGUCAGUGCGCAUGUGGAAACCUACGCUUACCUCAAGAUUACUUACGUGGACAUGGGUCUCGGGGAUCGCGUCUAUAUCAUGAGGGAGCAGGUGUAUGAGGGGAACCUAGCUUUCUUCUUCCGCAAGCACACACCGUGGGUAGCUGCCGUGGACCGUGUGAUGCGCGCCAUGAUAGAGGCAGGCUUUGUGGAGAAGUGGCAGGCAGAUAUUCUCGAGGGCCUUGGCAUGACGGGGCGAGAGGACGAGGCAGGGUCCAGGCCGCAGCCGCUGGGUCUGGCACACUUGCAGGGCGCCUUCCUCCUCUACGGGGCCAGCCUGGGCGUCGCUCUCAUGGUCUUCCUCACUGAACACCGGAAGGGAGGGAGGUCAAGGUAGCGUCCGUCCUGCCCUCACCUGCCAAGACAAACACAGAUCACUUGUUUACCUUCAUCCUGCUAUUGAUGGAAGACAUUGUGUGCAUAGAUAUAGGAAAGAGAUGAGAUUAAUGUAGUUUUAUUAUUAUUAUUAUUAUUAUUAUUAUUAUUAUUAUUAUUAUUAUUAUUAUGUAAGAGGAGAAAACUGGCCAAGAGCAACCGAAAAAAGAUUAAACAAAAAAGUUCGCAUAGAUGCCAGUCCUCGAACAGGGUAUAGUUCAUUUGCAUGGAUGAAAAGAAAAAAGAAAAAAAAGACAGGUAAUUUGGUCUUCUCUAACUUACAAAACUGUUUAGAAGUUGUAAUGAUUCUGGAAAACUUCAAAACACUAAUGUUGUAUUCGCUGACACAGAAAAAAUAUGAUUACUUGUAUCUCCUCCAGUUAUUACAGAAUGCAUUACGAUCAAUAUACAAUUAAAAAAUGAGAUAAUUACGGAAAUUUUGUCUAAGUAGUAGAACGAAAGGAUUAACCAACACGAGAUUACUAAACAAAAUACCCUUCACAAAUAAAUAU